CUCCUAAACUGUGACAAGGUGGUGCGGAUGCAGCAACCCAAGUCUGGCGAGGUGAGCGAGUGGUAAUAUUAUACGCUUAGUGCAUGAUCAAGACAUCAAGCUACCGGGAGGUAGCGUAGACUGGAGGAAUGUUUGUAAAAUCAAAGACAAGAAAUCAAAAAGAGGUUGAGAUGGAGCGACAAUGUACGCCAUGUUCAACUCGAUGGGACCGGUCCCAGCACCUAGUUGAGGCGACUUCUGUCGUGAGGCACUUGGUAUACAUCAAAAAGGAAGACACCGUAGCAGACAUCCUAAUACAACAUCCUAGCAGUUUCAUUGCCAGUCUAUGUUCAAAUAGGUAAAUCGACCAGUCGUCUGUCUCUUGGUUUGUCUGCUGCUAAUGAAUCACCGGACC